GAGCAUACAAGCAUUCUGAGUAUUUUACAACUGGUUUUGCCAUCUAGCGAUAUUGUUCUUCUCUUCUCACGGCAUUUGUGCGCGUGAGUAAAUUUGGUACUGAGGAGAUUCGACUUGUAAAAUUUUAGUAAAUACUCACGUGUAAAAGGUCAUUCAAAAUGCCGUCAGAUGCCAAAAAGAGACAGCAGCAAAAAAAGAAGGAAGCUGCAAAAGCAAGACAAUCUGGCCGUAAACCAACCAGUAACAAAACUGAAAAUGGUUCAUCUGAGAAAGAUGCGAAUGCUCAACAAAAUCAAGGAGAAGUAAAUGGAACUUGCGAAAAUGGAAUCGAAAUCAGUGCUGAAGAGGCCCUGUGCAGGAAGCUGGAAGCCGAUGCAAAGCUGAAUGCCGAAGCACGAGCGUGCACUGGCAGCCUGGCUGUGCACCCCCGCAGUCGGGAUGUCAAGAUCGAUAACUUGUCCAUCUCGUUCCACGGUCACGAGCUGCUGCAGGACACUGUCCUGGAGUUGAACUGUGGUCGUCGUUACGGCCUGCUGGGACUCAAUGGAUGUGGCAAGUCGACGCUGCUGUCCGUGCUGGGCAACCGGGAGGUGCCGAUCCCGGAGCACAUAGACAUCUUCCACCUGACGCGGGAGAUGCCGGCCUCCGACAAGACGGCCCUGCAGUGCGUCAUGGAGGUGGACGAGGAGCGACUGCGGCUGGAGAAGCUGGCGGAGCAGCUGGUCGCCUGCGAGGACGACGACUCGCAGGAGCAGCUGAUGGACAUCUACGAGCGGCUGGACGCGAUGAGCGCGGACACGGCCGAGAUGAGGGCGGCCUGGAUCCUGCACGGUCUCGGCUUCAGCAAGGAGAUGCAGGGCCAGAAGACCAAGGACUUCUCGGGGGGCUGGCGCAUGCGCAUCGCCCUGGCGCGCGCCCUGUACGUGACGCCCCACCUGCUGCUGCUGGACGAGCCCACCAACCACCUGGACCUGGACGCCUGCGUGUGGCUAGAGGAGGAGCUCAAGACGUACAAGCGUAUCCUGGUGAUAAUUUCCCACUCACAGGACUUCCUGAAUGGUGUCUGUACUAACAUCAUUCACUUGGACAAAAAACGGCUAAAGUAUUACACUGGUAACUACGAAGCGUUUGUCCGCACCAGACUGGAACUUUUGGAGAACCAAAUGAAACAGUACAACUGGGAGCAGGAUCAGAUCUCCCACAUGAAGAACUACAUUGCGCGGUUCGGCCACGGGUCGGCCAAGCUGGCGAGGCAGGCGCAGAGCAAGGAGAAGACGCUCGCCAAGAUGGUGGCCCAGGGGCUGACGGAGAAGGUGACCAGCGACAAGACAGUGCACUUCUACUUCCCUUCGUGCGGCACCAUCCCCCCACCGGUCAUCAUGGUGCAGAACGUUAGUUUCCGGUACACGGACACGACGCCAUGGAUCUACAAGAACCUGGAGUUCGGCAUUGACUUGGACACUCGGCUGGCCCUGGUGGGCCCCAACGGAGCGGGCAAGAGUACGCUGCUGAAGCUGCUGUGUGCGGAGCUCUUCCCGACGGAGGGGAUGAUCCGCAAGAACUCGCACCUGCGCAUCGCCCGCUACCACCAGCACCUGCACGAACUGCUCGACCUCGACCUGUCGCCCCUCGAGUACAUGAUGCGCUCCUUCCCCGAGAUCAAGGAGAAGGAGGAGAUGAGGAAGAUCAUCGGCCGGUACGGCCUCACCGGCCGCCAGCAGGUGUGCCCCAUCCGGCAGCUGAGCGACGGGCAGCGCUGCCGCGUGGUGUUUGCGUACCUGGCGUGGCAGGUGCCGCACCUGCUCCUGCUGGACGAGCCCACCAACCACCUGGACAUGGAGACCAUCGACGCGCUGGCCGACGCCAUCAACGACUUCGACGGCGGCAUGGUGCUGGUCAGCCAUGACUUCCGCCUCAUCAGCCAGGUGGCUGAAGUGAUCUGGGUUUGCGAGAACGGCACGGUGACCAAGUGGCAGGGCGACAUCCAGACGUACAAGGACCACCUGAAGGCCAAGAUCAUAAAGGACAAGUCCAACAGCGGCAAGAAGACGGCCAAGUAAGCGCCCGGCGGUCGCGACGAGAGCCGUGUGUCGAAAGAGGGAGACGUGUGCUCGCCACGUGCCUCCGCUCAGAGGGUUGAGCCAUCUGGGAAAGUGAAACAUCUCCAGCUCCGAUGAUGUAUUGUUUUUGUGUUAAUUUCAGAAAAACCAAGCUGUGAUUAUAUGGAUUUUGAUUUCAUGUUUAUUUAUUUUGAUGAUAUCUUUUGUAUGCUGUGCAUCUGUUAGCUGUCUUGUGUGCUGUUCGUUAGUUCUGUAAUGAAGUAGUAACACAAACUAGUCUCGUUUUAAAAUUUAUCGGACUUUCAGUUUCUUUUAUUUGGUAAAUUAAAGUAGUUCAAAUAAAUUUUGGCUGUUCUUACAUGAAUCUUGUAAUUUCCAAUAAAACUAGCCAAUCUGGGUGGGGGGGGGGGCAGGGGGGGGGGGGGGGGGCAGGGGGGGGGGGGGAAACUAAAAUAAGUCAUGCACAUAACUUCGUUGGUUGCAAUUUCUGGUUGGUGAAUGUUUUACCAGCUCUCUCGGCUGUCUUGACAUAGUAUUUCGGUAUUGUGUGCCACCUUAAAAGAUGGCUGUACGUAGUCAGGUGUUGUCAUGAUGUUUGUUCACAUGACUAACAAUUUUGGUGAGCUAUGUAUGGAAAAUAGUGUCUGUUGUGCACGUAAUAAAGUGUUUUUGGAUAUUA